AUGGACGAGGUGGAGGACGGCGAGGAGGAGCCCAAAUUCCAGCAGCCCAGACCGCCUCAGGUAUACAGUUUGGAUCAUGGGAGCUGUGGAGGAACCAAGAUGAAGAAAUUUACACCAGGAGGCGGAGCCGCGUCCAUUGCGCGUAAAAACUCCAACAACAAUGAGCAGUGGCUCCUGCAAGAGGACGAGGACUCCGGACCUGUCGGUGCCAGUGGCAGCACCACCUCUGCUCUGCUGUGCCGGAGGGAUGCUGAUGCAGGGGGCGCGCUCCUAGAGGCAGGCGUGACAGGAGAAGGAGCCUUCGUUAUGAUAUGCAACAAAAACGGAGACUGUAGAAGGGACCCGGCCAGUUCAGGGAGCCUCUCCUCUCUCAUCUCCAGGCAGGAGAGGAAAACAGAUGGAGUAGUGUCAGCUGAAGACGGGAAGGGACAGUUUGCAAGUAUGGACGGCUCCCUCACUUCAGUGGGGUCCCUGACACAGGGGCCGGUCGCCGAGGUCAAGACCGGAGCAGCGAUGGAGAAGAAGGACUCCAGAGUUUCCUUCUCCAACGCCGCAACUAAAGGACAGACUCCGAGUCAGCAGUCGAGAAAUUCAAUCACAUUUUCCAAAGCUGAGGAUGGCUCUCAGAUAGUUCCGGAUGAUGGAGGCCUCAGGGGGAAUCAGACUUACAUGCAGCGGCAGUUUAGCUCCAUGCUUCAGCCCGGAGUUAACAAAUUCUCCCUGCGCAUGUUUGGCAGCCAGAAGGCAGUGGAGAAGGAGCAAGAGCGCGUCAAAUCAGCGGGUAAUUGGAUUAUCCAUCCAUACAGCGACUUCAGGUUCUACUGGGACUUCACCAUGCUGUUGUUCAUGGUGGGAAACCUGAUCAUCAUCCCCGUGGGCAUCACCUUCUUCAAAGACGAGACCACGGCUCCCUGGAUCAUCUUCAACGUGGUUUCUGACACCUUCUUCCUCAUCGACCUGGUGCUGAAUUUCAGGACCGGCAUCGUGUUCGAGGACAACACCGAGAUCAUCCUCGACCCCAACAAGAUCAAGAAGAAGUACCUGAAGAGCUGGUUUAUGGUGGACUUCGUCUCGUCCAUACCUGUGGAUUAUAUCUUCCUCAUCGUGGAGAGAGGGAUGGACUCUGAGGUGUACAAGACGGCCCGGGCGCUGCGCAUUGUCCGCUUCACCAAAAUCCUCAGUCUGCUGCGGCUGCUGAGGCUGUCCAGGCUCAUCCGUUACAUCCACCAAUGGGAGGAGAUCUUCCACAUGACCUAUGACCUGGCCAGUGCUGUGAUGCGGAUUUUCAACCUGAUUGGUAUGAUGCUGCUGCUGUGUCACUGGGAUGGCUGUCUCCAGUUCCUCGUCCCCAUGCUGCAGGACUUCCCGUCAGACUGCUGGGUCUCCCUCAACAAGAUGGUGAAUGACACUUGGACCGAGCUCUACUCCUUCGCCCUCUUUAAGGCCAUGAGCCACAUGCUGUGUAUUGGAUAUGGAAGACAAGCCCCGGAGAGCAUGUCCGACAUCUGGUUGACCAUGCUCAGUAUGAUCGUGGGAGCCACCUGCUACGCCAUGUUUAUCGGCCACGCAACCGCACUCAUCCAGUCUCUAGACUCCUCCAGACGGCAAUACCAGGAAAAGUACAAACAAGUGGAGCAGUACAUGUCGUUCCACAAGCUACCAGCAGACUUCCGACAGAAAAUCCAUGACUACUACGAGCACAGAUACCAGGGCAAGAUGUUUGAUGAAGAGAGCAUCCUGGAGGAGCUAAAUGAGCCUCUGCGCCAGGAAAUCGUCAACUUUAACUGCCGUAAGCUGGUGGCUUCCAUGCCGCUGUUUGCCAAUGCUGAUCCCAACUUUGUGACAGCCAUGUUGACCAAGCUGAGGUUUGAGGUCUUCCAGCCUUUAGACUACAUCAUCAGAGAGGGCACCAUCGGCAAGAAGAUGUACUUCAUCCAGCACGGCGUGGUCAGCGUCCUCACCAAGGGGAGCAUCGGCAUGAAGCUGAUGGACGGAUCCUACUUUGGAGAGAUCUGUCUGCUGACCCGUGGCAGACGGACGGCCAGCGUGAGAGCGGACACCUACUGCCGCCUGUACUCGCUCUCUGUGGACAACUUCAACGAGGUGCUGGAGGAGUAUCCCAUGAUGAGGAGGGCCUUUGAGACGGUUGCCAUUGACAGAUUGGACAGGAUAGGCAAGAAGAAUUCAAUCCUGAUGCACAAAGUUCAGCAUGACCUGAACUCAGGGGUCUUCAACAACCGCGAGAACGAGAUGAUCCAGGAGAUAGUUAAAUAUGACCGGGAGAUGGUUCAGCAGGUUGAUGUUCCACGGCCGCGGGCCAUGUCCAUGACACCUCCUCUCCACGGCAGUAUCUUUGAUUCUCCGAGCUCCUCCUCGCGUCCUCAGAAUUCAGCGAUCGCCACUCUGCAGCAGGCCGUAGCCAUGAACUUUUGUGCCCCUGUGCAAGGUAACUCGAUGGGAGGGGGGACCCUGCAGUCGCCCAGGAUGGUGAGGAGAUUCCAGGUGCUGGAGAGUGUGCCCAGCCCAGUUUCAGCCUCUCCCCUGCAGUCUCAGUUCCUCCCUGCUGGUGCCUUCGCCUCCGCCCUGGCCAGCCCCUCGGUCCAGAGCCCGCUGGCACUCGGAAGACGAUCUUUCCAGUUCGGCUCCAGCAUGGCCGGCCCCCCCUCAGGCUCCCAGCUCUCUCUGACCCAGCAGCACAUGAUCAGCCCCGCACACCGGCCCAGCUCACACGAGAGUACUCAUUCCCUGCAAAUGGGCAUUUUAAACCAAGACGCCAGGGCACUGUCAGCCUCUCAGCCCUCACUGCCUCACGAGGGGGCGCAACAAGGUGCCCCAAGCCCCCCCCAGUCCACAAGAGUCUCCUCCACUUCUAUUGGCCCCCCUCAGAUAACAUCGGGUCACACAGGGGUGCGUAGCGCUAUACCACAUAGGGUGGUGCUGCCCCACCAGAUGUCUGUGGGGGCUUUCCCUGCAGUAUCCCUGCCUGGGUCUACGCAGGGUUUUGGGGCCGGUGCAGGGCUGGCAGUAGGGGGUGCGGUAACAGGUCUGGGGGACUCAGGGCUACCCAAGAAGGACUCCAUCGGGAGCCUUCCUGAGACAGACCACAUCAAUGUCAGAUCCAAGCUAUCCUCAAACUUGUGAUCCUAAUUAAACUCUUCUAGUGGAGUGACUCUAAUGAGGGGCUGGACUGCAGGAGCACGGGGGGGGGGGGGGGUUUCUGCUCUCUCUCCCACAAUCUGCUCAAGUUUGACUAUCCGAAUGUAUGAAUGAUAAGUGAGUGGAAGCAGGGAGAAUCCAUUUGGAGACUGUUCUAACAUAAAGUCUGUAUGAGGACUUUUGAAUCUGCAGCAUUGAGUUGUUUCUACUCACAGACUUUAUAGUUGCACAGUAGUAGUAACGUAGCAUCUUCCCAUCUCCAACGUCUUUAUUUACUGUAUUUUACAACAUAGUCAACAACAUACUGUAUCCUCUUUAUUAUCCUUUUAUCCACGUCAUGUAAUGCAAACUUGUGGUCGGGUGGAUGGGACUAAAAUAAAUCAGGGACCUGCUUCAGAUAUCAGAAGUUGGAUGCUACUGUAUCUACUAUAUUAUGUGGGCUGGCUGUAAAAGACGAUCAUCUCACAAAGUUACAAUUAUUGUAGUUUUUGUAAAGAAACUUAAAAAGUUUGAACAUUAAAAGGGUGUUUUUCUUAUAUUUCUUAAGACUAUAGACCAUAUUUGUAAGCACAAAUUGGACAAUAUUCCAAUAUGACCUUAUUAUAAGUAUUUCGAGCCAUAUUAUUCCCAGACUAUUGAUAUGAAUACCAUUAUUUACAAAUCAAACCCUGAUUUUUUUUAUCUAGUUGGCCUCUUUUGUAAGUCUCCCCUGCCUCUGAUAGUCCCCACAAAUAAUUAUGUGAGACCCUCGGACAGACAAUUAAUAACCUUCAUACUAAAAGUACAGCUGUGGAACAAAAUGUCUAUUUCCAGCCAAGCCAUCGAUCUCUACAGGAAAUGUUUGUUUAAUUUAAAAUUGCGUCAAUCAAUAUUUUUUAUAUCAACAAUGAAUAAAAGCCCUAAGGUUAAUGUUAAGGGAGUUCCUUGUAGUGAUGAACCAAAAGAGAGGGAUCUGUAUCUCCGUUGAUCCUUUUUCUUAAGCAAAAGUCUUUGGGUUUAGAGCCCAUAGAUUUCCUGCCAUGCAGUCUUAUCACAUAUCAAACCUGUUUUCAGUAGCACAAGGCAAACGUUUUGAGCAAACUAAAACACAUUUGUUCACCUGCAAAUUGAACAAGCAAGAGAAUCAGAUGUUUCCCUAAGGAGUUGGUAUCGACUCAACCAGAAUAAUAUAGAUAUAAAAACAUAGGUGGCCAGAAAGAAGACUCCAGUGGUAUUACAAUGUUGCUUGUGUAUGCUGAAAGUUAUAAAAUGUCAGCUUGUUUUGCCAUUGUUUUUCCAUUUUAGUGGCCUAAAAUACAUUGGUGCAGCUAUAAGAUUCGUAAAUCCAAUAAAAAUAUCCCUGACUCAAA